AUGCAGCCAAGGAAGCAGUCACCGAGGAGGAAUGACCAAGAGCUGCCUGGAGAGAUGCCCGCCUUGAUGAAGGAACCUGUGGGUGAAACAUCACGCUCGGAGACGUUGAGAACGCCAAGAAGGAUGAGGAGGCUAGAGAAGUCGCCGCCAAGAACAGUUGUCCACAAAUCGUCCGAUAGGCUGGACAAGGGAGAUGGUGCGAAUUAUUCUGCUCUUGGAAAUAAAAAGGCAUGGUCAUCGUCAAUCGAGGUCGGCUUUGUGCCAGACGGAAACGCGGAAACAUCUUAUCCUUUCUCCUUGAGCUCAAUCUCCGAUCCGAUCACGAAUCACGUAACGCCGGCGGCCGGAAUGGAUAGAGAAGCCAGAGUAUUACAGUAUAAGGAGAAGAAGAAAAACCGGAAAUUCGAGAAGACGAUCCGUUACACGUCGAGGAAGGCCUACGCAGAAACGCGGCCGAGAGUCAAAGGCAGAUUUGCAAAGAGAACCGAUUCAGAGGCUGAAAUCGACGGAAUUAUCAGCUUCGUCUCCGACAAUCUUAUCGCCGGUGCAGGUUACGGCAUCGUCCCGACGUCGUUUUAA